UUACGUUAUUAUCUUUUUUUUUUUUAAUCCUUCCUUUUCUCAAAGGUCCCAGAUCUGGUCCCCCAUAAUCUCUCUUUGAUCCCACCACACCUUACUUUCUGGCGAACCUCCUUAUUUCGGCGACCCCCUUCUCUUUUCCGGCGAACCUCCAUUAGUAAAAGGUUCCAGAUUUGGUUCCCCAUUAUUUUCUCUUUGAUCCCACCACCCCUCACUUUCCGACGAACCCCUUAUUCCGGCGACUCCUUUCCCUUUUCCGGCGAACCGCCAUUAAUAAAAGGUUGUUAAUUAAAAUGGAGCGUGUCAUGCAUCCCAGUCCUGUUGAACCUACACUACUUAGAUUACAGAGUCAUCAUCGAUCAGAGUUGCUGUGGAAAGAAAAAACACCAUACGAUUUGUCCAUCAGGCCUAUCAAGAUUGAGACGGCUUGGUCUCUAUUUACCUCGUACCCUUCGCAUCACCGUGUUGAAGAAUACUUAUCCAGUGCGGGAUUAUAUGAUGUCGUAAGAGUUGGUAGAAUGCAGUAUGAUCGACAUCUUCUUACAGCCAUGGUUGAGAGAUGGAGGCCGAAAAGUCAUUGCUUUCACCUGCCUUUCGGAGAGGCAAUGAUCACACUUCAGGGUGUACAAGUCUUGUUUGGUUUGCGUAUUGAUGGUCACCUAAUUUAUCUAGCAGAUAUUUUCGGUAAGGGUCGGUCUUGGCGUGAUAUGCUAGAGGCCCUCACGGGAUAUGUUGGGCCCAUUAGUGGUAGGAGUUUUGUGAGUAUAACAAAUCUAACCGAUUUUAUUAAAGAUGAGUUAGAAAUGGAACCCAUUGGAGACGAUAAUCCAGUUGCCAAGGUUGAGAAGAUUGCUCGAUUAUCUAUGUUGGUGAUUCUUGGGGGAAUCUUACUCCCAAACUCUUCGGACAUCAAUAUUAGGCUACAUUUUUUGGCAUUCCUAGACCUCACUGGCUCUGCUGGUAGCUAUAGUUGGGGCAGUACAAUAUUGGCCUACUUAUACAGGUCACUAUAUUGCGCGUCAUAUGAAGGUGCACGCGUUCGAUACGGAUAUCUACCACUUAUUCAGUUAAUUAAAUGACUUACGUUGUAAUAGUGUUCAAAUGUAAUGUGUAUGAUUUGUUAAUUAAUUUAAUUUUUCACCUUAAGGUAUGGUGUUGGGAGAGGAUGUUGCCUCUACAGCCAGGACUAGAUGAGCCAGAAGAUGAUGACGCAGCACUGCCAUAUGCCACGAGAUGGACAAGGGGCGUUGAAAGAAACACCGAGCCACAUCACACUCUAAUAGCUAUUAGAGAUCAGAUAGAUCACAUGA